AUGAACCGAAAACAGAGACGAGCCAAAGACUUAUCCACCCGACCUGGCGGAACAUCCAUCAAGACCGCAGAUGAUAUCCCCUUGGCGAGACCCGACCCAAGCCAAUCCAAUCCUCGGAGAGGAAAGACGUUGCUCGAGAUCGCAGCGGAGCGUCAGGCCCAACUAGAUCCGCGCUACAGAUACGACAAGGAUGCUUUCCACCCCCAGAAUGUUGUCCAAGUUAAGAUCGGGGAGGACGGACGGGUUCUACACGAUGAUCCCAGCGCACCCUCGUCAGAUGCAGCGGUGGAGACGCCGUGGCUCGACACGCUCCUUUUGGCCGUGUCCCUGUCGGCCAUCCACUUCACGCUGGAGACUCUGACGGUGCAUCAGUACGCCCAGGAGCUGCGUUUCCCGCCCAUCAUCCGCCGGACGCUGUUCGUGGCAUUCCCUGUGCUCACGGCCAUGAUUGCCCUGUUCCACGGCCAGUUGCUGCCUGCUUCGGCGCAGAGGGUGCCAGAGCCACUGAGGCUUUGGACCCUGGCUCUACGCCAGCUGGCGUAUGUGGUGGUCGCGAACGUCGCCGGCUGCUAUUUAAUCCAAUUGACCAACGACAGAGGCUACUACGCUGUCAUGAAGAACGCCCCCAGCAUAGGUACAAUUUGGGUCUGGACCGUCCUUGAGCUGGGGUUGCUCGGAGCGUUGGCUGGUGUGAUCGGGCCGGGUAUCUAUGCUUGGUGGAACGGUUAUGGGAUUUUCUGA